GAUUAUUUUGACCAUUGAUAUAUAUUUAUUUUAAGGGAUAGUUCAGACAAAAGAAAACAUUCCGUCACCAUUUACUCACCCUUCACUCGUUUGAGUUGAGAUAUUUGGAAGAAAGCUGAAAACCUGUAACAAUUUACCUUUUGAAGUUUUAGGAACAACAAAUAACUGGACUUCUAGUUGACAAUUUGGUAUCGGAAGCAGCUCAUGUGAAAGGUAAAGGCCACUAGAUUACGCUUAUUUUAUGAUUUUUAAUAAUUUAAUUAGGCCAGUAAGGUCUGACUUUGCUGAGGCUAAAGUUUUUUCCCUUAACAGAAAUAAUGUAGAGUAUAAAAUAUAAAGUCACGGUGCAGUAGAAAAGAAAUUAAUAUUGUGUAUGACUCCCAUGAGCUUGAAGGACUGCAUCCAUACAUCUCUGCAAUGACUCAAAUAACUUAUUAAUAAAGUCAUCUGGAAUGGCAAAGCAUUCAUGCAGGACUCCCAGAGUUCAUCAAGAUUCUUUGGAUUACCCCAGACAUGCUCAAAAAAGUUCAUGUCUGGUGAAUGGGCCGGCCAAUCCAGGAGCACCUUGACCUUCUUUGCUUUCAGGAACUUUGAUUUGGAGGCUGAAGUAUGAGAAGGAGCGCUAUCCUGCUGAAGAAUUUGCCCUCUCUUUUGGUUUGUAAUGUUAUGGGCAGCACAAAUGUCUUGAUACCUCAGGCUGUUGAUUUUGCCAUCCACUCUGUAGAUCUCGCGCCAUACUGAAUGUAACCCCAAACCAUGAUUUUUCCUUUACCAAACUUGACUGAAUUCUAUGAGAAUCUUGGGUGCAUGCAGGUUCCAAUAGGUCUUCUGCAGUACUUAUGAUGAUUGAGAUGCAGUUCAACAGAUGAUUCAUCAGAAACAAUCUACCUUCAGCCACUUUUCCAAAUGAUCAACUAGAAGUCAAGUUAUUUGUUGCUCUUACAACUGGAAUCGAUGACAAGCCUUUUGUCAGGUAAGUGUAGUAAAAAGUCAGUGGUCAGUAAAAAGUUACAAGUUUUUUCAUAAAGCUACAAACGUUUUUCAAAAUAACAGAUGGUUCACCCAAAAACGAAAUUAUAUUCACUAUUUACUCAUCCUCUCAAGUUGUUCCAAACAUUUAUUAGUUUCUUUCUAAUGUUGAAUACAAAAUAAUAUAUUUUGAUGAAAGCUGGAAACCUGUAACCAUUGACUUCCACUGUAUUUGUUUUUCCUACUAUGAAAGUCAAUGGUAACCGAUUUCAGCUUUCUUCCAAAUACCUUAACUCAAACAGGUUUAAAACAAGUAAAUGAAUGUUUCGUGUGAACUAUCCCUUUAAAUAAACAUUAAAAUAAUAAAUUAAAACAAAUAAUAAUUGCUUCAUGAUUCCGUUGAAUUAUUUUGCAUGUUUACUAUUGAUGCAUCAAGUUUUGCAUCAAUAACAACAAGAUAACCACUAGCGCACAAGCUUCAGUUGUGCAAGUCCUACAUUCAUGCCAGCAGUUUUGUAUAUUAUUUGUUUGUAUAAUCCUCCAUCUCAUUUAUUGCUUUAUAAGCUUUUACCUCCGGAUAUGAGGUGCAUUGUAGUGCUGAGGGACACGGAGGUAAUAAUGGCGUUAGUGUUAGUUUAUCUGACCAGCCCGUCGUGGGGAGGGUCAGCACAAUUUACACCAAAUGCCGAGUAACCAUGGAGAGGCGAGAGAGUGUUAGUGCUGUGUGAUGGUUUACAGGUCUGUGCGCAUCAGUGAAACGCCUGCUCGCUGAUAACAGGCACAGCGUCGGGAGGUAUUGAUCUGCGGCCGCAUUAGUCUAAUGGAGGCCUGGAUGGAAGCGGAGGAUACUGUAGAUGUGGAUGUGUGUGGAACAGGUAAAGAAGCUAUAUAUGUGCUCCACCAUCCAUAAAAGUGACCAUCCUUCACCUUAACGGUUUCUCUCAGUGACUUGACAGUAGACUCGGACGUCAACAUGAUUCAGCCAUUCAUCGUCAACAUCUCUGCAGAUUGGUACAUCAUAAUGGAGAGCAGAAAUAUGGACAUGUUCCUCAUCCCCACGGUUCUGCUAACCUCCAUCACGAUGCUAGUCAAUCCCGUUCUAUUCCUCUGCGUACUCUGUUUUGCUUCGCUACGUCAAGAAACCCGCUACCUGCUCCUUGCUAACGUCCUCUGGGCCGACAUGCUCUUCCUUACCGUAAACCUGUCGAUGGUCUCCUGCAAUUCGGUAGGCCUUCACUUGCCUGCCCCUCUGUGUGAGUUUAUGAUGGUUAGCAUGGUAAUGACAUAUAGCGGAUCUGUACUCACCGUCACACUGAUGGUCGUCGAUACGUACGUAGCGGUACGUUGGCCGCUACGUUACAAAGAAAUUCUCCCGCCGUCCCGGGCCAGGAAGAUCAUUAUGAGCAUGUGGGUGAUUGCGGCAGUGUGUCCGGUUUCACUAUUGGUGAUGUUUGAGGUGGUGAUGGGAAAGGACCAGCAGAGCAGGCCGGUGUGUUUGGUGUUGAUCGCUUUGCACUCAUUGGAGGAGAAGAUGAAAGUUGGCGUUCCUCUGUACUUUAUUAUCGCUGUCAGCCUCUGCACUGCUCUCAUCUUAUACUGCUACAUCCAUCUCUACAUCAUCACCAGGACUUCUGGGAUAUGGCGAAGUCGGUAUUCGAGGGCUCGUAUGACGCUUUUGGCGCACACUUUGUUACUCAUCAUGUAUUUUGUUCCUGCUUUGGUUUUUGCGGUUGAGUUGGCUCUGUUAAAGAGAGAAGCCAAGGAUGAUUUGGGAGUGUGGAUUAACUUGGUGAACAUGUGUGUGUUGAUGCCGCUGCCACGCUGUUGCACUCCUUACCUGUACGUCCUGCGCUAUCGGGAGAUUUACAAGACCGUUCAGCAGGUGUUGUGGAAAACCAGACAUCAGAGUCAGAGGAGUGCGGCCUAGAGAGGUGGACUUGAAGCAGAGAAUGUCUAUCAUUGGAGGAUUCAGUUUAAAGGUCCAUUAAGUGCUUUGAAAUCUGCAUUUUUAUUUGAUGUUUGACGUAAUCUGAAACACCAACAGAAGAUUGGACAUAGUGUAGCUCCUCCCCUUUAAAAAAACAGCCAAUACUAGCUCUGUCAGUGAGAGUGGUUGAGCUCAAGUGCAUCAAAUGAGAAGCGGCUUGAAGGAGGCGGAGCAUGUCAGUUGCUAGAGAGCAUUUGAUUGGUCAAGAUUUGAUGAGAAACUGUUGUAUGAGGUGACGUGAAUAAAACCGUUGGUCCAUUUAGGCAGAAGAGACAAACUAUUUAUUUACUUUAUAUGUUUUUAUCAGUUUUAUAUCUUCAAAACAUGAAUGUUGUCAAUGUUUUGGAGCACACUAGCUUAUAGAUAUCCUAAAAACUAACAAUACAGAUACUAACAUCUAAAAGACUUAUUUUAAUUUCAUGGGAAAACAGUCAUAAAAAAUAGUUUGCCCUUCUAAUCUUUAAUUGAAAUCUGAAAAUGCACUUCCUGCUAGUUUUUAAAUUAAUUUAUCAGAUUACGUAACUUUGAGAUAAUGGGCAUGGCUAACACUGCUCCAACUGUCAGUUUUGACAACAGACAGAAAUGGUGAGUAGAUGUUUGUUAGGUUGUAAUAACUCUUCUAAAACCUGAUCCUUCUGAAUUAAAUGUCUACUUUACAAUGUCCAUUCAGCCUGCGGUAGAAAAACAAGCCACAUGCAUCGUUUGCUCAUUUAAAAUUGCGUCACAUUACGAAAAGAAGAAGAAUCGCAGCUUUCGGUUCACUGGGACUUUAAGCAACUACUGGAAAGAGAUUUCGAAAGAAACAUUCUAUGUUUAGUUUUAAAUGA